UAUCCACAAAAAAAACAUAUUUUGCUAGUACUUAACGAAAAAUGGAGCAGUUACAACAACCCUUGGGUGGACUCCCCGGGUUUUCCAACUCUUUCCGGACCACGGGACUCCGCUCCAAGAUCUGGCUUCUUUUGGGUAUCCUCGGGCUAUCCCUUACGUUCAUCCGUUUGAACGAUGUCUAUGGGGAGUUUCAAAAAGGUCCAGUUUUGACUCAGGUUUGGAUAUUGCAUAUUUACAUUUUACGUCUGGAGUUGAGCCAACUGUUCAUCUUUUAAAAGAUCAUUGCGCCCCUUCACUUUGCUAGUCCUUGCUCUUAUUUCCAAACUACAUUACUAUUACGUCCAGGUUACACAAUUGAUUUUUUGCAUAUAUCGUCAAGGAAGUUCUAACUCAAUUUAUAAUCAAUUACGUUGGUACUACUUGUUAGUGUCAAUAAAAGGUUCGAAAAAGGACCCUUAGAUAAUGGUUGGGCAUGCUAAGGACGAAAGAUUAUACUUUUUAACUGCCUUUUCCUUAUUGAGAAGGGUCGCCGGGCAAACUAAUCUCCCGUCGUCAAAUUUUGCCCCAUGGUAAAACCCUCACCAUGGAUUGUUGAUUUAUGAAAAAUAUAUUGCAAAUACCAUAAUUUAUAAUCAUCAUCUCUUAUCUAUUUAGGUGGAUUUGAAAGCUGUUUCCGAGUCCAGCGCAUUCCCAGCAGUUACUCUCUGUACUCUGAAUCAAAUCAGCUGUGACAAAGCCUUUCAAAUACCUAACUUAUUGAAAAAUAAUGGCGGUCUCGAUCAUGAACAAAUUCAAGGAGAGCUGCCCAAAGUUUGUCGCCUGUUUAAAAUGGCCGGAUGUCUAACCAAUUGUUCCGAUGGAGACCACUUUCUGAGCUAUAACUUUGAUGAUCUAUACAACUCUCUAUUGGGCUUCACCAAAACUGUCAUAGGCGAAUCUAUGGAAUCAACUAUCCAUGAGUUCAAAUAUGCCAAUGAUAAUCAAAACUUUAGCAAUUUUGUUGAAUAUUACUUGCCCAAGACUGGUGUUUGCUUUCACUUCAACUAUCUGGGCUUGGUGAAGGAAGCAGGAGUGGGAGAAGAAAAUGGAAUGGAAUUGCUCAUUCGACUCAAUUCGGACCCCAAUCUAAGGGAAGGAAUACAAGAAGGAAAGCAUGGAUUAACCUUGACCAUUCAAAGACCCCUGACGUUUCCAACCCUAACGCUUAAUCGACUCGAUUUGGAACCAGGCAUGGCACAUCUUAUUCCGUUGAACCGAGGUUCUUGGAAUUUUAAAAAGAAUUGCAUUUCAAAUUGGAGCCAAGCUAAAGUGGAGACUUUUAAGAAAAAGGUGGUGAUUGAUCUUUUCGCUAAUAUUCACUACGAUCAAAACGUGUGCAAGCAUUACUGCCAAUUGGAGAGCAUCUAUCAAAAAUGUGGAUGUGUUGCAACUGAACAUGAAAUUCUCGGAGCAGCUCGUCAGUAUAUCUUUUUGGAGGCAAAUGGAAAUCUUGCUCGGUCGUGCUUACUUAAUGAUAGCGCUUGUACGACAACCUCGACCGUGGCUGAUCCCGAAAGCACAUGUGGGUGCAUAUUAAGUUGUACAGAGGUGACUUUUGACAUUCUACACUCGCAAGGUAAAUGGCCCGCAGAUGGAUCCUGGAAACAGAUUGCCAAGCGUUUUGGAAUAACUCGGCCAAUUGUUAUGGCCACGGAUAUGAUCAACUUUGAGGAGGUGGAUAUCGAGAAGUAUACGGACUUUCUGUGGCGGAGGAAAGUGGACACCUCAGUCAUGAAGAUCAACAUUUUUAUCCGCUCAAAAGAGAGCCUCGAGUUUUCUGAAAAGGACAAGUACCAGUCGUAUUGGGAAUUUCUGGCCAAGAUGGGAGGCUCUAUGUCGGUAUUCAUGGGUCUUUCUUUUGUGGCCGUUAUUGAAGUGUGGGGAACCUAUUUGGUUUGGAUUUGGUCUGUUGUUUCUUGCAAAAUGUCUAGAAAGAAGAAGACGAAAGAGUUAUUCAAUUAAUCGCCAUUCCACAAGCCUUUCUAUGUGGCCAAAUCGACAUCUUUUUUUGGCCAAAACAAAGAUUGAGGUUUUGUCAAUCAGUUGACGCUUUGCUUUAUGAAUAUUUUUUUACAUAUUCACACAUAACAUAGAGGAAAAGUUUGUAAGUUUACCUUGAUCCAACACGGUUUCUAUAAAAGUCUUCAGAAGUGCAAAAUGUAUCACCCUAAAGAUUCAAAAUGUUUGUCUUCGUCCACCAAAAGUUGAAGAAAAAAGUCUGAAAAAUGAAUGAACGAACUGUGUAAAACUGUGAUUGGUGAUAUUGAUCGGUUGGGAAAAUAACGUAGUAAAAACAUAUUGAUUCACAAAUAUUCGUACAGUAUCAUGGGAAAACCACACUAAAGGGAGAAGUAACGUUAGCCUCAGACCUAACCAACAUGUUCAAGAUCAAGACCGGUGCCCUAGUUUCCCCCUCAGUCAAGGCAUCCCUAAUCCAAAACCUAAGCAAUAAGCUUAGAAAGUAGUUAAACCUAAGAAAGUAGGAGCUCCUGAGAAGCAAAACGUUGAUGACCAUUCCUCGCCAAAUUGCACACAAGAACUCUAGACAAGGACAAUUAGAGCCUGGAAUCAAGUACUACUGAACAUUACAGGGUACGGGGCAUGCGAUGUUACACUUUCAAAGACUUUGAAGUUGUUGGCCGAUUCCGACCUUGUCGGGCAAAAGUGAUUAAAACACAAAUGGAAGUUGAAUUGAAUAGGCUAUGUGGCAUACCUCCCAAUCUAUCCAAACCCCGAGCUUCACUGUCAUUGAUUGACUUUUUUAUAAGCUGGAUCAAUCGCUAGUUUUUUAUUGAAAUUGUAGCGCCGCAUUCCUCGCACCCUGUAGAAACCACACAACUGUC